AUGAGGCUCCUUACCGCGCUGCUGAGUGUUGUGGCGCUUGCCACUUACACGCAGGCUACUGCGGGCGUCAACGUUACGUACGGAAAUGGCGCUGAGACGCAUCAGCUUGGAGGCUCGGGCAAUUUGACGACGGACCAGGGCGUGCCGAUCGCGGAUGACGAAAACAGUCUGAGGAGUGGCUCGCGUGGCCCGUCGCUGCUGGAAGACUUUAUUCUUCGUGAAAAGAUCUUCCACUUUGACCACGAGAGGAUUCCCGAGCGCAUUGUACACGCCCGUGGCUCUGCGGCGCACGGCUACUUUGAGGCCACGGAAGAUAUUUCAUACCUUACGAAUGCCAGCGUCCUCAGGAAGGGCACCAAGACACCUGCCUUUGCUCGUCUCUCGACGGUUGUCGGUGGCGCGAGCUCUGUAGACACGCCUCGUGACGUUCGUGGCUUUGCCGUCAAGUUCUACACACAAGAAGGCAAUUGGGACCUGGUUGGUAUUAACUUCCCAGUCUUCUUCAUCCAGGAUGCAAUUAAGUUCCCUGACCUCAUUCAUUCGGUGAAGAUGGAGGCGGAUCGCGGCUACCCUGGUGCGGCUUCUGCUCACGACACCUUCUAUGACUUUGCCUCACUUAUGCCAGAAAGCACGCAUAUGCUUAUGUGGUUGCUGUCUGAUCGCGCUAUUCCGCGCUCGCUGCGCACAAUGGACGGCUUUGGUGUGCACACUUUCCAGUUUGUCAAUGCCACAGGCCAUGCACACUUUGUCCGCUUCCACUGGCGUGCGAAAUUGGGCGUUCAGUCCAACGUCUGGGACGAAGCCUCAAAGCUGCAGGGCGCAGACAAUGACUAUCACCGUCGCGAUCUCUAUGAAUCAAUUGAAAACGGCAUGUUCCCCGAAUGGGAACUGGGUGUGCAGGUGUUUGACCGCGAGUUUGCCGACAAGCAGUUCUAUGAUGUACUCGACCCUACCAAGCUCAUUCCUGAGGAGGAUGUGCCGCUGAAAAUCAUUGGUCGCCUUGUCCUGAACCGUAACCCCGACAACUUCUUUGCAGAGAAUGAGCAGUCGGCGUUUUGCCCAUCGCAUGUCGUGCCGGGUAUCGACUUUUCGGAUGACCCUUUGCUGCAAGGCCGUUUGUUCUCGUACCUGGACACGCAAAGGUCACGUUUCGGCUCCCCCAACUUCCAUCAACUGCCGAUCAAUGCUCCGAAGGUGCCUGUCAAUAACUUCCAGCGUGACGGUAUGAUGCAAAGUGUGGUGAACAAGGGCCGCGCCAGCUACCAGCCAAACAGCCUGAACCAGGCCAAGGAGCCCACCGGACCCCGUGCCUGUCCAUUUGGCUUUGGCUCGUCAAAGGCAGUUACUGGUCCUCGCGAGAUUGGCCCCAAGAUGCGCAUCCGCGACGAACGCUUCAAGGACCACUACAGCCAGGCCCGUCUCUUCUGGAAGUCACAGACAUCGAACGAACAGCAACACAUUGUCGAGGCCUUUACCUUUGAACUGAGCAAGGUGACCUUACCGUUUGUUCGUGAGCGUAUGGUAAGCAACCUGCGCAACGUGGACGAGGGACUCGCUCAGGGCGUGGCGCUGGGUCUUGGCAUGAAGUUGCCGCCCAAGUCGGACGCCAUGGCACCUAUUCAUGACAUGAAGCCUAGCAAGCAACUGUCGAUCCAGAAGAACUGGAAGAACACGCUGAUGGGUCGCAAUGUGGGUAUCCUAAUUACAAACGGCACUGAUGGCUCGGUGCUGGACAAACUGGUGUCAGAGAUUAAGAAGAACAAUGCCAGAGCUACGCUGAUUGCUCCUACAGUGGGUGGCAUCAGGUUGAAGGAUGGCUCGAUGCGCAACGCGGAUGUGCAGCUUGCUGGCUCGCCAUCGGUUCUUUAUGAUGCAGUGGCGCUUGUUCUUUCCUCGGAGGGUACCAAGUCCCUUAUGAAGCAGAGUGCUGCUGUGCAGUUUGUGAUGGAUGCUUUCAGCCACCUGAAGGCCAUUGGUGCAUCGAGCGCCGCUAAGCCGCUGCUGAACAAGGCUGGUGUGCAGCAGGAUGCUGGUGUCACAGACUUGAGCGACUCGUUCAUCCAAGCUGCGAAGAAGCGUUUCUGGGACCGUGAGAUGAAGGUCCGUCCCUCACCCUAG